UCCCCCCUCCCUAGUAUUCUACUAGGGGGGCUAACUUUCAAAUUCUGCAAAAUGAAGUACGUUCUGGUUUCUGGAGGUGUCAUCUCCGGCGUUGGCAAGGGCAUCAUCGCCUCCAGCUGUGGGUUGCUCUUCAAGACAGCGGGUUUGACUGUCUCUUCCAUCAAGAUCGACCCCUACCUUAAUAUCGAUGCUGGUCUUAUGAACCCUCUAGAACACGGUGAAGUGUUCGUUUGCGACGACGGUGCAGAAACAGAUCUGGAUCUUGGAAACUAUGAACGCUAUCUCGGCGUUACUCUUGGCGGUGACAACAAUAUCACUACCGGCAAGAUCUACCACCAUGUCAUCACCAAGGAGCGUCGUGGAGAUUACCUUGGAAAGACGGUGCAGAUCGUCCCCCAUCUGACGAAUGAAAUCCAGAACUGGGUUGAGAAGGUCGCCAAGGUUUCUGUGGAUGAGUCUGGAAGGGAGCCUGAUGUCUGUAUCAUCGAAUUGGGCGGUACUGUUGGAGACAUCGAGAGCGCACCAUUCGUUGAAGCCAUGGCUCAGCUCCAAAGACGAGUUGGCAAGGACAACUUUCUUCAAAUCCAAGUCAGCUAUGUUCCUCUAAUUGGCUCGGAGCAGAAGACCAAGCCUACCCAGAGGGCUAUCAGUGAUGUCCGUAGUGCUGGUCUCAGACCUGACAUCAUUGCAUGUCGCUGCGAGACGCCCCUGGAGGAGGCAACUAUUCAAAAGAUCGCCAAUUCUUGCCAAGUGGAACGGAAUCAGGUUGUUGGCGUACAUAAUGUCUCUACCACAUAUCAGGUUCCUAUCCUUCUGGCGCAACAGGGAUUCCUUAGCACUCUUAGUGAACUCCUUAAAACCGAUGCAAUUCCCAAGGAUCAGAAGCUUGUUGACAAUGGUAAGCUCAUCUGGCAGGAAUGGCAGGGCUUGGCUAUGAACCAAGUGCAUUCCCUUGAGACUGUGACGAUUGCCUUGAUUGGCAAAUACACAAGCUUGCAUGACUCAUAUAUGAGUGUGAGCAAGGCGCUGGAACAUGCGUCCAUGCAUUGCCGGAAGAAGUUGAAUCUGAUCUGGAUUGAAUCGACUCAUCUUGAAGAUGAGCACAAGACAAACAGCCCUGCGGAAUACUAUUCCGCGUGGCAUAACUUGACUACCGCCAACGGAGUUCUUGUCCCCGGUGGCUUUGGUUCGAGGGGUACGACCGGUAUGGUUUUGGCCGCCCAAUGGGCCCGUACCAACAACGUUCCCUACCUUGGUAUUUGCCUUGGUAUGCAAUUGGCUGUGGUCGAGUUUGCUCGACAUGUCUGCGGUAUGGAUAAGGCAGACAGCGCCGAGUUCGACGAGACCUGCGAGCAGCCUGUUAUUAUCUACAUGCCUGAGAUCGAUAAGACUAAGAUGGGUGGUACAAUGCGCCUUGGAAAGCGGGCGACUGUGUUCCAGUCUGGUACCGAAUGGUCUCGUUUGCGCAAGCUGUACGGGGAGAAGCAAGAGAUUUGGGAGAGACAUCGCCAUCGUUAUGAGGUGAACCCUGAGCUUAUCGGCCAGCUGGAGCAGGGUGGACUGUCCUUCAUUGGAAAGGACGAGGCCGGCGAGCGUAUGGAAGUCAUUGAGUUGAAGGAUCAUAAGUGGUACGUCGGGGUUCAGUUCCACCCCGAGUACCUGAGCCGAGUCCUUGCGCCUAGCAAGACCUUCUUGGGCUUCUUUGCCGCUGCUGCCGGAUGCCUCGAAGAGAUCACCGAGGCUUAUAAGGACCGUCACGAUCUCAGUUCCAAACUGCCUAUGGUUUAGGAUCGGCGUUUUUGCUCUUGGGGUUAAAGGAUAAAGAAAGCGGAGAUAUCAUACCAUAUUAUAGACAUAGUACAAUGAAAUAAAAUUAUGAAACAAGACUCA